UGCUCAUCCUUGUUGACAAGGUUUAUCGUAAACCUCGGCAAUGUCUCUACGAGGAGUACUCUCGCUGUUCUUAUGUAUUCAUGGCUAUAGGCCAGUCGCUAUGCAGGAAGAAAAUAGCAAUUCCACAGCAAUUACUUUAGAUGAGCUGGUAAAUGGGUUUCGUUUCCAACAACUACAGCUUUCCACAACCAUGAUGAAUGCCAGCAUUCACGCAAGACUUCCCGAGAAACUCGCGGCAGCAGAGGCUAAGGAGGCGGAUCAAAGAGAAGCUAAAGCGUCGAGAGCAUACCACGAAGCCAAGACACCGUUCAUUGCCACCACUUCUCGCUAUAACCUGGGAUACAUAGGGCGUGGCUACGAUUUAUUUAAGGGGAAUCCCCUCACCGAUGAUGGUGUCGUUGAUCAAGGAUUCCGUCUCCCAAUAAUUGAGCUGCCCUACACUCACAAAUUCACGGCGGACGGCAAUUAUAGAAUCCCAGACAACGUUGACGUGAUCUCUGAAUCCAGUGCUAAAUUUGGAUCUUCUUUGCAUACGGUUCAAUCCGAGUCUGACUACAAGAAGAUGCUAAGUGUGGAUGCGUCGGUCAAUGCACAUGGAGGCGGCUGGGGAGGCAGUGCUAGCUUUAGCGCAAGCGCAUCGUAUCAGAAGAAUUCGCGGGAAAUUCAAAAAGGAGAAACAACUACAUUAAAUGUUGUUAGCCGUGCUGUAGUUUACAGGGCAAGAAUGUCAGAAACAUCUAAGUUGUCCAAGGUAAAUGAUUACUUCGAAAAAGCAGUGAUGUUAUUGCCGAUGGAAGAUUGUGAAUCCGGCCCACUUCAAGAGAUGUAUAUCAACCUUGUUCGUGAAUUCGGUACUCAUUAUACGACUGAAGUUGUAAUGGGUGCGAAAGCAGUACAACAACUUACCUUCUCAAAGUCAGAUUUAUCAAAACUGGAAUCUGAGGGAAUCAGUGCAAAGGUAGCAGCACAGGCGUCUUUCAGUGGAUUUGGCGCUUCAGGUGGUGGUGGUUUGAGUGUUGGUGUAAGUUCAAAAGAUGAAGCAUUUAAUAGGGUACAAAAUACAAGCAAAGAGCAGUAUGAAUAUUAUAUCGGCGGAAAUCCACCAUCUGGAGACAUCUCGAAAGGAACUACUGAGAGUUUACGAGAAUGGGCGAGAUCUGCAGAUGAGAAGCCGGUUCCUAUUCAGUACAAGAUGUCGUCGAUAGAAAGUUUAUUGAGACCUGGGUAUUUCAAAGACAUUACAUACGGUUUGUUUGAAAGGCGUCACUGUUUAAGAUCAGCAAUAUACGCGUACUGUAAACAGACAUCAUCCCCGUCCUUGUGUAGUCCGCCUAAUGAAGCUUCUCUCGGGUCAAGACGUAAACGUCAAACUGAUAAUGCGCCAGUCGGUGGAAUCAAAUUCGGAGAUUUCGUUAGUCUAUCAAACGUAAAAUCUAAACAAUACUUAUCCCUGUCUAACUCCACUGGCUACCUUCGGGGAAUUGUGACUAAACCGUUAGUACCAGUUACAACUUUUUCCGACUACAAUGGACUAUUCCAAAUCAAAUCCAGUGAUGAUGACAGCACAACGGUAGGAACUCCGCUAGUGUAUGGACAGGUGUUUAAACUUGUCACUGUGAAGGGAGACAAUUUACUUACCGGAAAAGCUUUGUUUAAUGAUGUUAACAACGCCCCAACGGACAAAUUGAUGGAUGCAUUUGACAACAAAGAUGGCUUAAAAUAUUCAUCACCUGGUGAUUUAUCAGGCAUGUCAAUUUUCUUGAGGUCAGACAAAGAGAAACCAUAUUUGAUCAGUCUUCAAUUAUCAAUAUGUGGUAGCCCAAAAGACGUUUUUCAAGUGCAAAUUAAUUUGGAAGGCUCCGAAGGAACUGUCGUGUUUCCGGUAAAACAUCAAUGCCAACACAGAUAUGGACACAAAUGGUAUUACAGUGCCUUUACGGACAGAUUCAUUGGGGAACCUAAGAAAUUUUACUUCAUGAGCAGCACUGGUACAGAAAAAAUAACAGGAAUCCAAAUAAAAACAAGCAACAAAAGGGGAAUUAUUAGUUAUACAAACAAAUCGCUAAACUGCGUCGGAAAUCAGCAAACUGUAAAUAUAGCUAGCGACGAAAUCAGGCCAAUAAAACAAGAAUAUGAUAUUUACCCUACACAAUUCUCGCUCCUAAGUAAAAACUACCCAAUAGGAUCUUUUGUAAGACGGCGGGACACUGUUUUUGUGGAAGUUGUAUCUGCAAUCGAAAGGGAAUCAUUUUGGGGGAAACCAGCGACACAUUUACUCUCCCACAAAAACGACACAAUUACUUUAGAAGAGAAAACGCCGGUGCCUCAUAAGCAAAUUUCAGGCUGUUCAGACAUCAUUUACCCAGGCUUUGAAGGGUUAAGUUUCAUGACUAGUGUUGGUGAGAAGUAUUUUGUGUCGUUCACUGUCGAAGUCAUGAUAACAACUGUCACUAUCAGCACGAAAAAGCCAUAUCAAGCCGAGAUGUUAAGGGUUGAAUAUAUAAAUCGCAAUAGCUCAAAAUUUCAAAUUUUGCAAAACUUCAUAAAAAGUCCUGGUUCGGGAUCUAUAACAAAGUUAGAGCUGAAAUUUCCCGCCAUGUAUCUGACAUCUGUUAAGGUCUAUUUUGACAGUGCAGCAGAUUUUCCACAGAAUAUUGACAGUUUUCUUGUAAGCGGUUGUCCUGCAGCGCUUUUGGAGAAAGAACCGCAGGAUACGAAGGCCGAGGAAUGGAAUCUAAAGCUCAGUGAGAAUGAAAUACAAACUUAUCCAUAUCUCAGUGUUAUUACAACACAGUAUAAUGGGUCUAAUUUCGAUAGCAUAUUCGCUGACUUUGAAAGGCCUUUCACUGUCAACGACUACAAAGCUGUCAUUACAAUCGACAGAAACAAAAGAGGUUGUAUGAUAGACGAAGAUUAUAUCCAAAAUUAUUUAAUGACCACGGAUGAGAUUGAAGGACUAAAAUUCGGAAACACAAGAGUGUCUUUGUCUCAGAAUUCGGUGUCCGUGACAACUUCGGUCACGGCAAUGAAUAAGGUUAUGUAUGAUCAGAACAUGCCUGCUUUCGACAGCAUUCUACGGAUGGCAGUUCAACAGUUUCCCUGUAACGACGGAAGGCUGACACCAGCGUUUGCCCUUCAUCGCUCCUCUGAAGAAUCGGGUUUGUCUUCAGUGGCCAAGGCAGUUAUUGCGGUUCUUGGAAUCAUUGCUGCAUGUGCAUUUAUUUUAGCAAUCAUUGCAUUUGUACGAUUUCGACAGAUCAAAAAAGCGUCAUUAGAGGAAGGUUCGCGGCGAUUAGUUGAUGCAAACGUUUAUGGAGGAGAGCCAAGAACUGACGAGUCUUUGUUCACUAAUAAAGCGUUUGAUGACACCCAGGGUGGUCAUACGGGGGCUCCUUCGAUCCUUCCACCAAGACAAAGAAGACUGACCUAAUUGGCCACUGCUAGUAUUUUAUAUCAAAUUACUUAUAAAAGAUGAAACAAUUUGCAGACUUUGAAAAGAUCACCGAAUGAUUCGUUUCUUAUAAGACAUAAAAAAACCAGAACAAUCACAAAAAUCACAAUUUUGAAAGAGCCUGUCAGUACUUUGUAUAUGUAACCACUAUUUUAAUUUCUUUUAAGAAAACAGAGAAAUCUUUUUUAAAAAUCCAAUAUUAAUUCACGCGGGCAUGUUAAGGCUUCCCAAUGGAUUUUACAGCGAUAUGUAAAAAGUAACUUAUCUGUACUUCAUACGAUAUGACGUCAUAAUUAACUUUGACGUCAUGAUCUACAUUCCUGUCGAUAGUUUUCAAGGAAUGUAUCUUAACGUUAAAAGUGAAUUAUAUCAAACCAGUAUAAUACUGCCUGUUUCCUUUACAUAGAUGCUGCUGUUAAUGCUUGACGUACAGAAUUCAUUCUUAGUAAAAACCAGUAUCAAAUAAUCGGCAAUUUUAAAGCUUCAUUUUAGGUAAAAGACUAUUUAUAAACUAAAGGUUUAGAUACUCUCCCUGCUACGUGUAAAUAAAUGAAUGAAGAAAUGUUAAUGCAUGUAAAACCAGCUUGGCGCAGGUGAAAGAUCAACACAAUUUUAGAAUAUUUUACGUAAAAUUGGUAGAGAAUAUAAGUAGCAAUGUGAAUCGUGCUUGGGAAACUUAUGGAUUUACCCCAAUUAUUUGUAAACCGCUUUUGAUUAGUGUUAUGUGCAUUUUUUUGACGAUUUUGUGGAAUGUUUCAACAAUCUCUUCCACAAACGAAAUAUUUAUUUCUUUCCCCAGCAAGAACUUCAAAGUAUAUAACUUAACAGAGGAUUUUUCUUUAAAACAUAAAAUUAAGAUUAAAUGUCAUUCAUCACCUGCGAGGAUGCGAUUUAAAUAGAUCCUUUGCAUUAUUAGGCUUCGCUCGUCAUGUGAUUACAAAGUACAUAUGACGUCACAAAAAUGCAUCAAAUAUAAUGUUUAACAUCGGUGUCAAUAAAUGUAACAUAGAUUUUAAGAUUCAAAUAAUAUCGUUCUCUAGACGUAUUUUAGCAUCGGGACGCCUUAACAUUGCUGCGCAAUUCUCAGCAUGUUACAUAGUAAAUGAACCAUAAACAUUACUCAAUGUAUCGAGAUGUAAUAAAAUCAUCACAUUUAGUUUUUUGAACUCUUGUUUUUUCAGCGCUGUUUUACGUUCGAAAGUCUACUUCUCUAUUCAUAUUUCUUUUUCAACUUGUAUAAAAUGAUUAUUAUAAAGUCAGAUUUUAAGUUUACAAAAGAUUUUUGAUGUACAAAACCUGUUUAAGGAAUACAAGGAAUUUCCAAGGUAGGUGUUCAAAGUUAGUCAAUUUAAACGAGUUUGAAAUUAGUUUGAAAUUGGAGACACAAAAAAGUAUCGGAUCCGCUAUAUUGUAGGUUUGUCGUAAUGAUUUCUUAAGUUCAGCCUAUAAAAUGAGAAAAAAGAGUUAUUUAUAAAUGUGAUUCAUAGAUUUGUAGAUUUGCUUUUAUUUUUUGUUUAUUUACAUAGUGUAUGGUUUAAAAUGGGAAAUUAAAACAAAAAUUCAUUUUAUUUAUUGAAAUGAUAAAUUCGUACGUUCAUCUUGGUUAUUUCUUAUACAUGUAUUAGAAAUAGAAAAAUGGAAAUGGAAGGGUCUUUAUUUAUGUAUUCAGUCAAAUAUUUGUAUAUUUGUCUCGAUUUAUUGUAGGGUAUAUAAAAUAAAUAAACGGUUUGCAAUUUAUUUAUUUACGUCAACGAUUUGUAGAUUUGUUUAGAUAAUUUCUAAUUUAAGGGGUUAUACGAUUGAAAAAUAAAAAGCCUUAUAAGUGCAUCAAUAUGCUUUUUUUUCAAGGCGUGAUUGUUUUACAUUGUAUUUUUUUCAGCAGGAGAGAAGGAACUUUGAAAUUUGAUAACUAAAAAAUGUUAAAUACUGUAAACCAACUUUUAUUCGGACAUUAUUUCGCGAGUUACAAACUAGUUCGCGACGACUACUUUUUGCGAGUAAGCCUUAUAAAGAUAUGUGUUGUUAUAACAGCCAUACAACAAGGGCUGGUUCGCAACGAGAAAUAUUCGAGACGACAAUUCUCUCGCGUAGCUCGCAAAGAUUUCUCGCUCGCGAAUAAAAGUAGGUUUACAGUAUAUGACACUAUUGUUAUAUGAAUGCAAAUUUUAAUUGAUCCAGAGCUUUUUUUUUUUUUGGAAAGAUAAUGUUUCCUUAAUUGUUUGUAUAACUUGUUUCAUUUUUAGUCUUAUUUACUUCUUCAAUGUUUACUUCGUAUAUCAUUCUUCAAUAUAAUAUGAUUUAUGUACUAUUUUUCUUGUUUUUUAAUAAAGUAUCUAAA